AUGAAGGACAUCUUGAUGGAAAGUCGCGUCUCGUGUGUGGCUGCAGUUCCCGCUCUGACCAGCAGGGGGUGCUCGCGCCGCCGCGCGCGCGGACGCAGCUCAGAGAAGAACUGCCAGAAGCAGAACCUCCUGGAGGUCGAAGCGGCGGCAUCAUGACCGUCUUCAACCCGACCCUGCUGCUGUGCGCGUUCGGCUUCUCCUCCAGCCUGCGGCCGUUCGAACCCUUCAUCACCGCCUUCCUGCUCGGACCGGACAAGAACCUGACGGAGACGCAGGUUGUAAAUGAAAUCUUCCCGGUCUGGACCUACUCCUACCUGGCGCUGCUGUUCCCGGUCUUCCUGGCCACAGACUUCCUGCGCUACAAGCCGCUGCUGCUGCUGCAGGCCGGCAGCCUGGUGGUCACCUACGUGUUGCUGUGCAGGGCGCGGGGCCUGCUGGCCAUGCAGCUGCUGGAGUUCACCUACGGCCUGGCCACGGCGUCCGAGGUGGCCUACUACUCCUACAUCUACAGCGUGGUGGAGCUGGAGCGCUACAAGAGGGUGACCGGCUUCUGCCGCGGCGCCACCCUGCUGGGCUCGGCCGCCGGCUCUCUGCUGGGCCAGCUGCUGUUCUCGGUGGCCGAGGUGCCGCUGCUCCACCUGGCCUUCAUCACGCUGGCGUCGGCCGCGGUGGCCUUCCUCACGGCCUGCUUUCUGCCCAUGCCCAGCAGGAGCUUGUUCUUCCACAUGAGUCCUUCGGCGGCAGCUCUCAGCAGCAGUUCUCCAUCGGAGCAGAUGAAGGAGGGCAGAGAGGCCAUGAUACCACGCUCUCCUGAGUCCAGGGAUGGAGGCAGCGGGCCUCUGGAGGUCCUGAAGAUGCUGUUUGCAGACUUCGUUAAGUGCUACAGCAGUCGCCCCCUCCUGGCCUGGUCCGUCUGGUGGGCGCUCUCCACCUGUGGUUACUUCCAGAUCGUCAACUACAUCCAGGCUCUGUGGGAGGACAUCCACCCGUCCGGCAGGCUGAUGAUCUACAAUGGUUACGUGGAGACUCUGGCCACGCUGCUCGGGGCGCUGGCGGCGCUGUUGGUGGGCUGCCUCCCCGUCUCCUGGUCCACGUGGGGCGAGCUGGCGCUGGCGGCGCUGUCCUUUCUCAUGGCGGCGUGCGUGUUCCUGAUGGACAUGCUGGGGAACAUCUGGGUGUGCUACGGCGUCUACGUUCUCUUCAGGGCCGUCUACAUGCUGCUCAUCACCAUGGCAACCUUCCAGAUCGCAGCGAAUCUCAGCGUGCAGCGUUACGCUCUGGUGUUCGGCGUCAACACGUUCGGCGCUCUGCUGCUGCAGACUCUGCUCACCCUGGUGGUGGUGGACUCUGCGGGUCUGGGCCUGGACAUCAACACUCAGGUGAGGAGGUGCAGGCCGGGUGAGGUCCAGGUCUCAUUUGUGACACACGUGUGCCGUUUUCCUCCGCAGUUCCUCAUCUACGCCGCCUACUUUACCGCCAUCGCUGUGGUCUUUCUGGUCGCCGGGCUCUGCGGCCUUAUAUGCAAACGGAUCUCCAAGGCGGAAGAGCCAACUUUGGAAGUGCAGGAGUUGAGUUCUUCUCCUGAUGGGACCCCCUGCAUGUAGCGUACGGUUACCCCGAACUGCUAAAACACAAGAACAAGGACAGCGCAUGGUUGAACACCGUGAAGAGCAAUGCGACACAAUGGGUUGCAUUUAUUUAUUUUCACCACUAGGUGCUGCAGUUAGUUGCUGUUGAAACCAAACAAGGUGCUGGAGAUGAUCAAGUAUUCUCAUUCCCAACUCGUCAUAUCUGGCUGUAAGGUUGGGGCCCCCUCCACGUCACUUUUUGGUGUUUUGGGUGUCCCCAACUCGUCAUAUAUGAACUUAUAGUUGGGGCCCCCUCCACGUUACUUGUGGACAUAGGGUUGGGGCCCCAUCUGUGUCACUUCUGCCUUUUUUGGUGUCCCUAACUCAUCUUUUUUUUCCAUGGUGGCUGUUCCCAUUACAUCAGGGGUCCCCAACCCACAGCAGGCGAGGACACGAGGGCCGAUCAGUACCAGGACACAGACAGGGUUACCAACCCUUUGCAUGCGAACCAGACCGUACCCCAACCCGGUAACUAGUGUUGGUCAAUAUGGAAACAACUGUAUAUCACAUAUAAAUUGUUUUAUAUCACAAUGACAAUGACUUACAUGCAGAUUAUUGAGAUAAAUAAAAUAAAACAUGCUAAGAUUUUUAGCUAGCUUAGCCAAAGAAGCCUACAGGAGUAAGAGAAUGCCUUGCUCAAGGUGGUGUAGAAACGUGAUGUUGGAAGCAAUUUCCAAUCUUGAAAAAUAGGAUAAAUAUAGAACAAAAUCUAGAUUUAACAAUGGAUUAAUUUAAAACAUGUUUAAAUUUAAGAAGUAAUCCAUAAGAAGGAUCAGACAGUGCUCAGUCAGGUACUGGCUAGGCACUACUAAGCCACAGACUCAGGAAUAAGGGAAAUAACUAAAAAAGAUUUAAAGGUCCCGUACUUUUUUAAAUUUAGAAAUAAAAAUAUUCCCAGUAGUGUUUUAAUUAUGAUUAGGACGUUUUUAACCAAAACCUAAAUGCCUUAAAACGCCAUUAUCAAGUUGAUCUGAAGCCUCUGUUUCCAAAAUCUCCUCUCAGGGGGCGUGGCUUUUGGAUCUGAGCCGAGCAGCCCCGCCCCGAUUCCCUCCUCCCAUCUGAUGAUGAUAGCUCCGUGUCCCGCUAGCGUAAAUCUUCACCGUAUUUGAUUCCUCAGUGAAAAUGAAAUGAAAACGUUUAGAAUUAGAAUGCGGUAAUAGCGGCCUUGUCUUUAAAGGUCGUGGAAGUGACAUAUUUCAAAAUGAUUCAAGGUAAAAUGGCGCGAUGUGCGUGAGAUUGCACAUGAGUCACUUAUGAUAGCCUUGCAUCAAUUGCGACGUGAGCGAUUAUAAAUCACUGUGAGGUACAAACCAGCUCUUACGCCUGAUUCCUCUGGCAGUAUGUCUGACUCUAGAGUCCUAUUGAUCUGUUUAUGUCUGGAAACUUGGUACAAGCUCAAAGUAUUUCUGUAGUCUGUUUUAGGGGGAAAAAAUGAGUUUUUUUUCUCAUGAUACAUUUUGGAUUCCAUAUGAAAAGUGACAGAAAUAGAUAUUUUUCCAUCAUUUUCAACAAAUCAAAGUCAUAAAGUGAGAAGACAAAAAUAGAAGGUUAAAAGUGAUAGUUUGUACAUGUCAAUAAAGCUAAAGGCUUAAACACUUAAAAACCUUUAAAAUUCACUCAGGUAACGACGAUUAUUCCACUUAUUUCCUUGUCUGAAUGUAUGAACAAACUCUCAAUCCAGUAGUAGUAUAUAUUUCUAAUGGGGUUAAAUAUUUAGAGUACCAUCAUGAAUGUUUGUGAUGAAUACUAUGUGAUUUUCUGCUGUAAAACUACCCAAAAAUGUGAGGUAUGAGGUAUCAACAGGAUCAGGAGGAGCUUUCACCUGACUGAUGUUGCACAUUAUCUGGAAAAAACAACCAGACCAAUCAGCGCAGUGUGAAAGCGCCCUCUAGUGUUUGCAUUUGUCCAGUAAACGAUCUGGAAAUGUUCCUUCAGUGUUCCAGGGACCAGAGACUUGGGUGUGGAAACACCUCAACGACUCCAAGCUGGAACCAUUUUAUUCAGUAUUUCCAACAACAAAGUGCCUUCUGCCACGAUUCCACCAGCAGGGGGAGCUCUCGUUGUACUCUGAGAGUGAAAUGAUACUUGGUGUUUUUCUGUUACAGAAUGUUGUUUUGUCCUGUUCUGACGAAUUGCUGCUGCUUAUUUUUUAUACGAUUGUUUUUAAAUAAACAAAUUUGAACUCUUCCUGUUUAUGAGGAAGUUGAA